GCAGCAGGCACACAUGGGUCCGCCCAGGAUCAGGGGAGGUAGCGUUCGAUUUUCUCAACGGGUAUCAAACAAAUCCCACAUGGCCCUGGAUCCCUUGUCUCUCACCCGCCGACCCCCAAGUCAUGACACAGAGGGGGAUGGUCGUCAUCGCCAUCGUCAGUCGGUUGAUGUGGGCGAGUCCGAGCCCAGAUCGUCAAGAUCUUCCCUCAUCCUCGGCCCCUUCCCCGAGACCCCGGCUCCACGCUGGACGUUAUCGGAGGAGUGCCGUUGAGGAGGAUGGAUGGCGCCAUUUCUGGUGCGAAGAGUGCCGGAUUUGUUUGGUGUUCUAUGGAGAUGAUCAGAUUCUUUACGAUUUGCCUGCCGGCUUACAUCAAGCUAGCUUGAAAGUUACCUAGUCUGGCUCUCAUUGUGAUGAGAGGAGAAGGGGUAGAAAAAGGAAAGGAAAGAAAACGGUGCGUGUGAGAGGGGAGGAAGCG